CCGCGCGCUUGCCACUCCCUCCUCAGGCGACAAGUGAGCGAGCACAGCACUCUCCGGCCACCGCCCUCACUCUACCAGAGCUUGCUGCUGAAACCAACACGUCUGUCAGUCUAGUGUACGAACCGUGUGCUCGACCUGCCCAAUGGCGGUAAUGGCGGUCAGCGAGGGCGCGUCGUUGAUGCAGCGGUGCAAGCCGUACGUGGCGAUGAUCUCGCUGCAGUUCGGGUACGCCGGCAUGAACGUCAUCACCAAGGUGUCGCUCAACCACGGCAUGAGCCACUACGUGCUCGUCGUCUACCGCCACGCCUUCGCCACUCUCUCCAUCGCGCCCUUCGCGCUCGUCCUCGAGCGCAAGGUCCGCCCGCGGAUGACGCUCUGGGUCUUCCUCCAGAUCUUCGUCCUCGCCCUGCUCGGGCCGGUGAUCGAUCAGAACUUCUACUACGCCGGCCUCAAGUUCACCUCGCCGACCUUUUCCUGCGCCAUGAGCAACAUGCUCCCUGCCAUGACCUUCAUCAUGGCCGUGCUCUUCAGGAUGGAGAAGGUGAACCUGAAGAAAGCGAGGUGUGUGGCCAAGGUGGUGGGUACGCUCGUGACGGUGGCGGGCGCCAUGCUCAUGACGCUCUACAAGGGCCGCGUCGUCGAGAUGGUCUGGACCAAUCACAUGCACCUCCACGGCCAGCACCCGGACGCCGCAGCCGCGGCCGCCGCCGCCAAGGACUGGUUCACGGGCUCCAUAUUCCUCAUCAUCGCCACCCUCGCCUGGGCCUCCCUCUUCAUCCUCCAGGCCGCGACGCUCAAGAGGUACGACGCGCCGCUGUCGCUGACCACCCUCAUCUGCUUUGUCGGCACCCUGCAGGCCGUUGUUGUCACCUUCGCCAUGGAGCACACGGCCUCCGUCUGGAGAAUCGGCUUCGACGUGAACCUCCUCGCCGCCGCCUACGCUGGUAUAGUGACGUCGAGCAUUGCCUACUACGUGCAAGGGCUGGUGAUCCAGAGCAGGGGCCCGGUCUUCGCCUCAGCCUUCAGCCCCCUCAUGAUGAUCAUCGUGGCCAUCAUGGGGUCCUUCAUCCUCGCCGAGAACAUCUACCUCGGAGGGAUCAUCGGGUCCGUGCUAAUCGUCGCCGGCCUGUACUCGGUGCUGUGGGGGAAGCACAAGGAAAGUCUGGAGAAGGAGGCCGACGCCAUGGAGAUCCCUGUGGUCAUCAAGGCCGUUGACGGCAACGGCAGGAUCAUGGACAUCGUGGAGAUGGACGAGGUGCAGCUGGAGAAGGCCCAGGCCAACGCCAAGGCUGUGGUGGCGCGCGAGCACACCGCGGCGGUCACCGUCACGGUCCCCGUCGAGGAGACCCGGAUGCAGGGCAAGGAAGAGGCUUGAUCAAGCUAUUGAAAAUACGCCGAUUAAUCGGUGCAUCUAGCUUGCGUCAUUCCACCCUCGUUUAUUUCUUGUUUUUGUUCUCCCCCAUGAUGUUGCAGUGUGGGGUGGGGUGGUAUGAUGCUGUCAUGCUGUAAGCAAUGGUGGUAGCAGUAGCAGUAAUAGUAGCAGUAAACUAGUGUUAGCAUGGAAGCUGAGGAGGAUGCAAUGAGGCAGAGUUUUGUAACCUCUCUCCUGCAAAGCAGAUGCUUUCAGUUUGGGAUAAUCAUCUCCUGCCUACACGCCAUGUACACCAUCUACACCUUUAAUCGAUGAUGACAUUUGCAGCAUUAUGUCUCAUCAGCUCCCAAUCGAAGUUCAUGUUCAACAAAGUGUUUGAUAACUUUA